AUGCCGCUCCCGCCGAAGCUCCAGGCGCGCCACGAGUGCCUGACGCUGAUCGUCCUCGGCGCGACCGGGAACCUCGCGCAGAGGAAGCUCUUCCCGAGCUUGUUCAACCUCUUCGCGGCGGGGCAGCUCCCGCCGCGCGUGCGCGUCGUCGCCGCGGCGCGGGACGGCCACAGCGACGAAUCCUUCGGCGACCUCGACCUGAAGAUGCGCGGCGUCGUCGCGCCGGUGUUGCCGUCCAACACCGCGACGAUCCCGCCCGCGCUCGUGAACGAGUUCCUCGCCCUCGUGCGCUUCGCGCGAUUCAACGCGCCGCCGGACGACGCCUCGACCUCACCUCCCUCCGCGUCGUCGUUACUCUCCGACGUCUUCGCGCUGACGCGCGCGCACGAGGCGGAGCACGCGGACGCGGCGUGCCUCGCGCACAACCGACUCUUCUACCUCGCGUUGCCGCACGCGUUGUACGCCGCCGUCUCAGGCGCGUUCUAUACACUGGUCCCCAUACGGCCGCCGGCUUCGGGGUGGACGCGGCUGGUGCUCGAGAAGCCGUUCGGGCACGACGCGGCGUCCGCGGCGGCGCUGAACGCGUCGCUCAGGACGCGGUGGAGCGAGGGGGACCUGUUUCGGAUCGAUCGGUACCUGGGGAAGGAGGUGAUCGAUAACCUGCUGGUGAUGCGAUUCGCGAACAGGAUGCUGACGCCGAUUUGGAAUCGCGAAAACGUCGCGAGCGUGCAGAUCACGUUCGAGGAGACCGGCGGCGCGGCGACGGCGUACUUCGACGAGCACGGGAUCGUGCGAGACGUGAUGCAGAACCAUCUCUUGCAGGUCAUGGCCGUGCUCGCGAUGGACCGCCCGGUGAGUUUAGAGCCGGAGGACAUCAGAGACGCCAAGUUGAAAGUUUUGAGGCAGGUGAGACGCGUGGAUCCCGCCGCGGACGCGGUGGCGGGGCAAUACGUCGCACCCGCGGGCGAUUCUGCUGGAUCGUCUUCUUCUAAAGGAUAUCUGGAGCAGUCGUUCGUGAAGCCGGACUCGAAGUCGCCGACGUUCGCGAUGGUCGUGCUGAGGAUCAAGAACGAGCGGUGGGACGGCGUGCCGUUCGUGUUGAAGGCGGGGAAAGGCCUCGGCGAGCGAAGGAGCGAGAUUCGCAUCCAGCUCAAGGACGUCCCGGGGGACAUCUUCGACGACGAGGAGGAGGAGGAGGAUGAGGAUGAGGAGGAGGCGGCGGCGGCGCGCGACGAUUCACAUCCCGGGUGUGAACCGUCGCGAUCGUCGACAAAAACCGACCCCGGCCCGAACGAGUUCGUCAUCCGCCUCCAGCCGCACGAGGAGAUGUACAUGAAGCUCACCAUCAAAGAGCCCGGCCUCGGCGUCUCCCCCGUCCCGUCCGAGAUGGAACUCUCCUCGCGGUGGCGCGCGACGCAACUCCGCAAAGAAGCCACCGGCGAGACCGUCCGCGGGACGCUCUCGCGGCUGCUCCUCGACGCCGUGUUCGGGCACCGCGCGCACUUCGUCCGCGGAGACGAGCUCGAGGCGGCGUGGGCCAUCGUCGACCCGGUGAACGAAGCCGUCGAACGCGGCGACGUCGCGAUGGCGACGUACGCGUUGGGCGGGGACGGGCCGGAGGAAGCGAACGCGCUCGCAUCGCGCGUGGGGGUGGUGCAGACGCGGUUCGACCGGCGCGGCUCCGGGGCGGUGCCGUCGGACGUGGACUUGGAGAGGCGGGCGAGGUUGGUGCCGUCGCGCGAGGUGUUCGCGGGGUCCGCGUGA